AGGUGGAGGGCUGGCGGCGGGCUGCCAUGGCUCAGCCUCCGCGUGCAGAGCCCCAGCUCCCAUCUCUCCCCUCCCUGCCUAUCCCUGAUGCCUGCCAGACUUUCGCCUCAGCCGGGACUCCCGCCUGACCACCGUGCCCUCCCCCUCCGGGUCCGGUGGGGAUUUGGGGGCUGAGCUGUCUGGGGUCCCAGAGCCGAUGCAGUACCGGUUCCUUCGGGGCCUGGCCGGCGCCCUCCUUGCCCUCCUGUGCAUGGGGCUCCUGUCGCUACGGUACCACUCGAGUCUGUCCCCCCAGGGGGUGCGGGAGACCCCUGAGCUGAGCCCGCCAAGUCUGGGGUCCCGUGAGCUGCAGCUGCAUGAUGUCUUCAUUGCAGUCAAGACCACCCGGGCCUUCCACCACUCGCGCCUGGAGCUGCUGCUCGACACGUGGGUCUCCAGGACCAGGGAACAGACAUUCAUCUUCACCGACAGACCAGAUGAAGGCCUCCAGGAGAGACUGGGGUCCCACCUUGUGGUCACCAACUGCUCCGCGGAGCACAGCCACCCAGCUCUGUCCUGCAAGACGGCUGCUGAGUUUGAUGCCUUCUUGGCCAGUGGGCUUAGGUGGUUCUGCCACGUGGACGACGACAACUAUAUGAACCCGAGGGCACUGCUGCAGCUGCUGAGAACCUUCCCGCCGGCCCAGGAUGUCUAUGUGGGGAGGCCCAGCCUGAACCGGCCCAUCCACGCCUCUGAGCCGCAGCCCCGCAAUCGCACGAGGCUGGUACAGUUUUGGUUUGCCACCGGGGGCGCUGGCUUCUGCAUCAACCGCAAACUGGCUUUGAAGAUGGCCCCAUGGGCCAGCGGCUCCCGCUUCGUGGAGACAUCUGCUCUCAUCCGGCUCCCCGAUGACUGCACUGUGGGCUACAUCAUUGAGUGCAAGCUGGGCGGACACCUGCAGCCCAGCCCCCUCUUCCACUCCCACCUGGAGACCCUGCAACUGCUGGGGGCUGCCCAGCUCCUGCAACAGGUCACCCUCAGCUACGGUGUCUUUGAGGGGAAACUCAACGUCAUUAAGCUACAGGGCCCCUUCUCCCCUGAGGAGGACCCCUCCAGGUUUCGCUCCCUUCAUUGUCUCCUCUACCCAGAAACGCCCUGGUGUCCACAGCUGGUUGCCCGAUGAGUCCUGAACUGCAGGGGCUGAGGCUUCUGGCUGUCCCUCACCUCCCAAGGCAGCACUAGGGCCCUGGCAAGUGCCCUGUGGUAGGCAGUCCCUGGCAGGGCCUCUGGGUGGUGGGCAAGACCAGGAUCUGGAUGGUAGCUGGCUUUGAAGGCAUCCAAGGACCCUGGGAGGUGAACUGAACAGCCCAGGGACCAAGUGCACCAGGAAAUGGCCAGAGAGGCUGGAUCUCCAAUCACUCAAGGGACCCGGGCGGACUAAUGGCAAAGUCUGUGACAGAUCCUGUUGUUGCUGACGUCUCCAGGAGCAGGAGGUCGUUGCUCCCCAGCCCUCAUUAACAGGGUCAGAUUUCGUUCGGAGCCUCAGCAUGCCCAGACGCAGUGAAGGAUCAUAAUGGGUCCCAGCCAGUCAUGGCGACCCUUUCACUUACUUUCUCGGCCUCCCUUGCUGUUAGGGGCCACCGUGUGACCCAGCUCUGGCCAGAGGGAACUAAGCAAAACUAACAGAGAAGUUUCUGGGGAUGGUUUUGCAGUCCCAUACCCCAUCUUCCUGCUCUGAAUGUGGGUGUGAUGGCUGGGUCUGGGGCAAGGAAAUGCCAAGACAAUCACCCACAGCUAUCCCCUCCAGCAUCUGGUUCUGUAAGAAAAUUAAACCCUUAUUUGUUUAUGUC